AUGGAUACAAAGAAAAGUCAAUGCUUAAAGUAUGACGGAGAUGUAACAGUUGAUAGUAAACACUGUCCUAAAUGUUCAACCUCGCUCGAUUUUCUCAAAAUGUCGAGCUCGGUCGGAAGCAAGGCCAAGCAGGAGUUGACCAAGGUUCCCGGAAAACCAAUGGAAACCAAUUAUGUAACGCAAAUUGUGUCCAGUGGAAUUCGACCAGACAACGUUUACGAGACGAAAAUAUUGUUGGGACCAGAAGUAGACUUGUCUUCAAUUAAAAUAACAGUAAAGGGAAAUAAUCUUCGCGUAAACAUGUCGAAGCCUUUAGAGGAACAAUUCGCGAAACAGUUGCCAGAUAUCAGCGAGAGAUCAAUUUUUGGCAAUUUGAUCAAAAGAAUUAUGAAACAUUGCGAGAAUUUAUUAAUACCAGAAGGUAUCGAUAACGCGAAGGUUCGAGCCAUUGUGGACAAUGUAAACAGGAUGCUCGUGCUCACGGCUCCUCCUGCAAUAAAAUCUAGCAAAACGAAAAAAUAA